GAGGGACGGGCAGGGAGGGCCGGAUGGAGGGAGGGCAGAGAAACCAGUGUAGUGCAGAGUUAUAGCUUCGACUCGUACCAGCUGGAGGAAGAGGAGGGGACCAAGGGAAUGCCGGAGAGAGGGGUGCUGGCCCUGUCAGAACCGGCCUUUGAGGAGCCAGUCCCUGAUGACCGUUACCAUGGUAUCUACUUUGCGAUGCUAUUGGCUGGCGUGGGCUUCCUGCUUCCCUACAACAGCUUCAUCACCGACGUGGAUUACCUUCACCACAAGUUCCAGGGAUCCUCCAUAGUGUUUGAUAUGAGUCUGGUGUAUAUCGUGGUGGCUCUGGUCGCAGUCAUACUAAACAACAUCCUGGUGGAGAGAAUCAGUCUACACACACGAAUCACCGUGGGUUACCUGUUUGCUCUGAGUCCGCUGGUGUUCGUCAGCGUGUUUGAUGUGUGGUUGGAAUCCUUCACCACCAGACAGGCUUACAUCGUCAACCUCUUCUCUGUUGGGGUGGUCGCCUUCGGAUGUACAGUGCAGCAGUCCAGUUUCUAUGGUUACAUGGGGAUGCUGCCCAAGAGAUACACACAGGGGGUGAUGACUGGAGAAAGUACAGCAGGUGUAAUCAUCUCUCUGAGUCGUAUCUUCACUAAACUCCUGAUCAGUAACGAGAGGAUAAACACACUCAUCUUCUUCCUGGUGUCCAUCACCAUGGAGAUGCUCUGCUUCCUUCUCCACCUCAUUGUCCGACGCUCACGAUUCGUCCUUUACUACACAGGCCCCACCCACCGGGGUCACAGCCUGGGGAAAGGUCAUGACAUCGGGUCGGAGGUCAGCGGGACAGGAUACAGGGUUCACCACGACGUCACUACAGAGGAAGUAAGAUUUGGUAACGGAGUGGUGGCGACGACGUCGCCAUCUGAUGAUGUCACAGAUGAGUUCACAGGAGGGACGUACGUUCGGUUUGGAGUUCCUAAAGACAAGAUCCGGAGAAGCUGGCCUGGACUACGAGAUAUGUUUCUUCACAGGUACAUCGUUGCCAGAGUGAUCUGGGCCUACAUGUUGUCUAUAGCAGUGACCUAUAGCAUCACUCUGUGUCUGUUUCCUGGUCUGGAAUCAGAGAUACGCAACCCAACCCUGGGGGAGUGGCUACCUAUACUCAUCAUGGCCACAUUCAACAUGGCCGACUUCGUAGGCAAGAUCCUGGCUGCGUUGCCCUAUGAGUGGACGGGGGGUCACCUGCUCCUCUUCUCCUGCCUGCGGGUGGUCUUCAUCCCUCUGUUGGUGAUGUGUGUGUAUCCCUCCUCCACCCCAACCCUCUCCCACCCCGCCUGGCCCUGUCUCUUUUCUCUCCUCAUGGGCGUAACCAACGGUUACUUUGGAUCAGUCCCCAUGAUACAGGCUGCUGGGAAGGUCCCGCCGGAACAGAGAGAACUAGCAGCUCUCUGCUGUUUCCAGGAUGUUAUCCUGAUUCACCUCCUGAUCCUCCUCGUCUAUACUGCUGGGCUUUCUGCUCUGCCCGGGAGACAACGUGAACAGAACCUCUGAUUGGCUCCCUGCUCUGCCCGGGAGACAACGUGAACAGAACCUCUGAUCGGCUCCCUGCUCUGCCCGGGAGACAACAUGAACAGAACCUCUGAUCGGCUCCCUGCUCUGCCCGGGAGACAACAUGAACAGAACCUCUGAUCGGCUCCCUGCUCUGCCCGGGAGACAACAUGAACAGAACCUCUGAUCGGCUCCCUGCUCUGCCCGGGAGACAACGUGAACCUCUGAUUGGCUCCCUGCUCUGGCCGGGAGACAACGUGAACAGAACCUCUGAUCGGCUCCCUGCUCUACCCGGGAGACAACGUGAACCUCUGAUUGGCUCCCUGCUCUGCCCGGGAGACAACGUGAACAGAACCUCUGAUCGGCUCCCUGCUCUGCACGGGAGACAACAUGAACAGAACCUCUGAUCGGCUCCCUGCUCUGCCUUGGAGACAACGUGAACAGAACCUCUGAUUGGCUCCCUGCUCUGCCCGGGAGACGACGUGAACCUCUGAUCGGCUCCCUGCUCUGCCCGGGAGACAACAUGAACAGAACCUCUGCUUGGCUCCCUGCUCUGCCUUGGAGACGACGUGAACAGAACCUCUGAUCGGCUCCCUGCUCUGCCCGGGAGACAACUUGAACAGAACCUCAGACUCUCAUACACGCCGACUGACACGCCUCUGUGACAUCACCUGUGUGACAGCUAUGACCCGAUGCAUGACAUGAUCCUUGCCUUUCCGUUAGUGAUCUACCGCGGAUCGAGAUGAGGAACCUACCAGUGAUCAAAGUCGGUCUUUAUUCUUCAGGGUUCAUGUCAAUAUAAACGUUGUGAAUGUAAAACAUAUUAAAUAAAAUAUAUAACCGACAAACAUGAAAUAAAA